UCAUACUUUGAUUUACGUGGCGCACGCGAUUAUCAUAUAUAUUAUCGCCUAGUAGGCGUGUAUGUUAUAUAGGCAUACCGCUGUCUAUUCAUUUAGUUGUCUCAUCCUGGUGGUGAUUGGUGUGUUUAGUGGCCUUUUUUGGCCUGGUUCAGGCCGCGGCAGCUAGGUUUGAUUCGUUUUAUUUUUAUUGUACAAUAUGACGGAUGCCAAUGAGCAGAUUGAUCUCAGUGAGGUGUCACGAAUGAGUGAUGCCGAAGUGCGUGUUCGCAUCAAUAUGAUCGACGCUGAGAUCAAGAUUUUGCGUAGUGAACACACCCGUCUAAAGUCGCAGCAGAUAGCUAUGCAAGAGCGCAUAAAGGAUAAUUUGGAGAAAAUACAGCUCAAUAAGCAGCUUCCUUAUUUGGUGUCCAAUGUGGUAGAGUUGCUUGACAUAGAGGAUGAUGACGACGAGGAGGCAGGAGUUCAGGGCGUUGCUAUGAAGAGCAAGGGCAAAUCCUUGGUUAUCAAGACUUCCACUCGUCAGACUAUUUUCCUUCCUGUCAUUGGGUUGAUUCCUCAUACUGAACUUCACCCUGGUGAUUUGGUUGGUGUGAAUAAGGACAGUUAUUUAGUGUUGGACAAGUUACCUCCUGAGUACGACAAUCGUGUAAAGGCCAUGGAGGUUUGCGAGAAGCCCAUCGAGGACUAUUCUGAUAUCGGGGGUUUGGACAAACAGAUCCAAGAACUUAUUGAGGCUAUUGUCCUUCCCAUCACUCACAAGGAUCUUUUUGAAAAGAUAGGCAUUAAGCCGCCAAAGGGUGUUUUAAUGCAUGGGCCUCCUGGAACGGGAAAGACCCUUCUUGCACGUGCUUGCGCUGCCCAGACGAAGGCUACAUUUGUGAAGUUGGCUGGACCUCAGCUGGUGCAGAUGUUUAUCGGUGACGGUGCUAAGAUGGUCCGUGAUGCUUUUAGUUUGGCUAAGGAGAAGUCGCCUACUAUUAUUUUUAUUGACGAAAUCGAUGCUAUCGGUACUAAGCGUUUCGACAGUGAGCUUUCUGGUGACCGUGAGGUCCAGCGUACUAUGCUGGAGCUAUUAAAUCAGCUGGAUGGUUUCAGCAGUGACGAUCGUGUAAAGGUCAUUGCUGCUACUAAUCGUCCAGAUACCCUUGACCCUGCACUUUUACGUUCUGGUCGUUUGGAUCGCAAGAUAGAGCUCCCGCAUCCUAAUGAGGAUGCUAGAGCGCACAUUAUGCAGAUUCAUUCCCGUAAGAUGAAUGUGCAUCCUGAUGUGAACUUUAAAGAGCUUGCUCGCUCGACUGAAGAUUUCAACGGUGCUCAGCUGAAGGCUGUAUGUGUUGAGGCUGGCAUGGUUGCCCUUCGACGGGGUGCGAAGGAGCUGGACCACAAUGAUUUUGUGGAGGGUAUCGCAGUGUUAAGUGCCAAGAAGAAGACCACUUUGAACUAUUUGAACUGAUUGCUUUACCCUAGAGUAAGCUCU